UCUAAUUUAAUAUUGAUUAAAAAAAUGUUCCUUCUCUUCACUUUUUAAGGAGGGUGGUGUAGUGUGCUUUCUUUGCGCAACCAUGCCUUACAUGUCUAUAUAACCAAUAAAGGGACAAUACUUAACAAAGAUUAAGCUGACAAGGUAAGAUCUUGAUGGGGAAGAACGGCGGAAGUUCGUGGCUCACGGCCGUUAAGAAUGUUUUCCGGUCACCGGAGAAGAAAUGCCCCAGAAGAAGAGACCGUCAACCAGACAGCCACCUUGUCGAAGAAGACGAAGAGGAACAACAGCAAGAAACGAGAGGAAAAAGAAGAUGGCUAUUCAAGAAAACUUCUUCUGAUUCUUGUGCAAGAGACGUUGGAAUACUCAUUAAAAAUGCCGCCAACUCUAAUUCUGCCGCUGUUGACGCGAUUGCGGCGGAUGAAACGGAGAAAAACGCGUCUCCGGCGGCUACGGAAGCCGUCUUUUUCUGUCGGACAUCUGUCUACCUUAAAAGACACUUGGCUGCUAUUCUCAUUCAGACAGCUUACCGAGGAUAUCUGGCACGAAAGGCCUUUAAAGCCCUAAAGGGAGUUGUGCUACUACAAGCCUUAGUGAGAGGCCACAACGUGCGUAGACGAGCUAGCAUUACUUUGCUUCGGGUUCAGGCCUUGGUUCGGGUCCAGGCUCGGGUUCUAGAUCACCGGAAGAAACUUACGGCCGGGCCCGGCGACGGAACUACCUUGUCUCGUGCUUUCUCUAAACAGAUGUGGAGAACCACAGGGAGAGAAGCACAUAGUGAAAGCGAAUUAGAGGACAAGAGACCUGGUAGAUUAAACCGGUUCGGUUAUCAAGAUAUGGGAAGGAGAAUGUCUACCGAUCAGACAAUCAUUGAACCGGUCAAGAUAGUUGAAAUCGAUACGUACAAUACAUACUCACACCAACAACUCAACGACCGUACACCGCGUGGGAUUCCUCGCGCCACGAGGCAAGGCCAUUCGAUGCCAAAUUACAUGUCUACGACUGCCUCAGCCGUGGCUAGGUUCCGACCACAGAGCGCACCUAGGCAGAGAACAAACCAGACCGGUUUAGAUGACAACGAACCAAGAUUACAAUUGGUUAGAAAGCGAUUGUCAUUUCACAAAGAUAUCCCGCAAUCGCAUGGUUAUUUUUGGUACGAUAAGUAAACGGAUGAUAACUAAAUUAACUUGAUCGGUUAUAGUAGCUGAUUGAACCGGUUCACGAUUGAUUUUUUUAUAUUAUUUUUAUAUAUGUAUUGCGUAUGGAC